GUUCAUUUUAAUUAAUAGGCAUAUAGGGGUUGUUUUUAAAGUGGAGAGAUAGGGAAAGUAGUGCCUGGACAGUAGUGGGAAGGACUAGGACGGGAUCAAGGCACUAGAAGUCAGAAGUAAUGAGUACAAUGUUUAGUUUGGUUGUGUGUUUGUUUUCUAUAGCGAUAAGCCACAUAAAGUUUUCAUUGGUUUGUCAUGGUGUUGUAGCUCCUACGAUGCCUGAGAGGAGGACUUCUAGCUCCUCAAUACAUUUAAAAGCAUGUAUUGAUUCACGGAAUAAGGGUCAGACCUACGCAAAUUUUGUUUGUUCUGGGAAGAACACAUCCAUGGGACCUGGGAUUUCCAGAGAUUUUUGCAGUAGAAUGGCCUGAUAGCUAAUCUUUCUCCUCUUCCUUCGGGAACAUGCCUGGAGCCCAGCCUUGAGGCUAGGUGCUAGAUCAAACUCUCUCCUUAGUUUGUAUAAUGUGUGAGGGUUCAACUUGGUUACUAUGUGGGGUGUUGUGACCACAGUGUUUCUUCAUGGCUCUUUGCCUCAUUGGGCCCUCUCCUUCCAGGUUUUAGAAAUUGUCCACCAGCCAUGGCUGAACAACAACUUCUAAAGCAUACUCAGAAACAACAAUGGGAAGGGUCAAGCCACAAGGAUUUAAAUAGCCAGAUACAAAUAGAUAAGAUGAAUAAAAAGAAAUAUACUAUGUGUGUGACUAUGUAGUUACAGAGUAGCGUGUUUCCACAGUGAUAUUUGACCUAUAAAUUUGUAGAUAAUGCAUUAAUAGCAGAUCUUUUCUUUCAGAACUCUAAAUCAUGGACAACCAAAAACCUCAAGGAUAUAGGGUCCAUCCUGGCCCUCAGGAUGCCUAUUCUGGCUCCCAAGUUAACAAUUCAGUCACAGCACCUGGCUGUUCAAGUGCUACUCUAGUGGACUUUCCUAUCCAACACCAGCCAAAGUAUAAUGAGGCAGGUAAACCUGCAGGGCCACUGUGGAUGCCAGCAGCAACACCUUUAUUGGACUGUCCACCAGGGUUGGAAUGUUUAACUGAGAUAGAUAAAAUACAGAUUCAUCAGCAAAUUGAUCUUCUGGAAGGUAUGUACUUAUUAUCAUUUCUCUAUAAAGAAUAGACAUUUAUGCAGAUAAAGACACAUCAACAACUACAAAUAUAACAACUCUCACCGACAGCACUGGUUAAGCCUCGUUAUUUACAGAUGCUCCCCUUCAUGAUAGUAAAAUGAUAAAGAUGAUCAUUAGCUCAUAUCUUGAAAUCAGGAGUCAAGUGCUGAAAUGCUACUUCUUUGGGCAUCUGUCCUUAUGAUACUGACCUUAAUUUGGAAAGAGAAGAAACAAAACUUAAGUUUCUUACCCCUUCUUUCUAGAAAUCACUUUAGUGAUUCUAUUACUUUACCUGCCUAUAUCAUUUCAUCUGUGUUCUCUCCAAUUUGUGAUAACCUUGAGAUUGGAACACAGCCACAUGCAAUAGUUCAUGUUACCUUAGUACCACAUAUUAAUAGUUACCUUAGUACAUUUCCAAAAUAAGGAAACUCUCUAAAUUUGGAUGGCUAUGUUUUAGAAAACCAUAUACUUACCCACAGGUUCUCUUUGAAGUUGAGAUGAAUCAUAUACAAUCUCUGUUUCAUGGACUGUUAAUUACCAGCUAGAUGAAACAAGCUGCAGUGUUGGUUGUGCCAACCAGCAGGCCCAGUGGCCUAGUUUCCUAGAAGUGCACUCCCAAUCAUUCUACAUGACACCUUUGACUCUACAAGAUGUUUCCAGUACUUCCCGAGUGCAGUAACAAACUUAGAAAACCAUAGAACUUCAGGACCCUUGAGAAACAAAAAGAACCUGGGUAGAUUCAUUAACAAUAGUGUUGCCUUGGGAGUGUAAAGAUGGCAGAGAAGUAAGUGGAAGCUAUACUGACCUCUUCCCAGAAACAAUCUGGCAUUACAACAAAAUUGUAGAGAAAGCAUCCUGAAAAACUAACUGAACAAGAGCUGGAGGGAGCCUUAUAACCAAGGACAGAGAAAAGAAACCACUUCACCACACCAAGACUGCCGCCACCUUUUCAGACAGAACACUCCUCUCCAAGUGGCAUCAGCCUGAGGGAAGCAAUAGCCCCACCCACAGAAAUUCUCUGUUCUACCCGUGGUGCUUAAGCUUGGCUUCUGAUUACAGAUUAAUUAGUUUAACCACUGAUCAGUUUAACAGUUGACUAGUUUAACAGCUAAGUCAGAAAAUACAAAGAAACAGCCA